AUGGAUUUAAAUAAAGAUGAAAAAAACUUACGAAAUGAAAAAAGUAACAAAGAGGAUGAUAGUAGUGAUGAUUUUAUAUAUGAACCUUUGAGUAUACGAAAAAAAAGAUUCAUGGAUAAUUUGGUAAAUAGUUUUAUAAAGACAAAAAAAAAAAAAGAAUCGAAUAAAAACUAUAGUGAAGAGGACAAAAAACAUAAUUAUGACGAUGAUGGUGACAAUAAUAAUAAUAAUAAUAAUAAUAAUAAUAAUAAUAAUAAUAAUAAAAACAAUAAAACUAAUGAAAACGAAAUAAAAAUUGAUUUACAAAAAAGUUUAUUAGAAACAUUUAACAAAUUACGAUUAGAAUCAUUAAAUGAUAAAAUAGAUGAGAUGGAAGAAAUUAGAAAAAGAGAAGAAAAAAUAUUAGCACAAGUAUCGAAAGCAUUAAAUGCUCCAUUACAAUCAGUAAAAGAAAGAGCAAAAGGAAUUAUAUAUAAAGAAAAUUUCAAAACAAUAUGGAAUUUACCUAAAAAAUAUAAAAAGUUAAAAAAAAAAUAUGUAGAUAAGAUAAGAAGCAUAUUUUAUAUUGAUGUUAGUGGGAAUGAUAUACCACCACCUAUUAAAAAUUUUAAAGAUAUGAAAUUUCCCAAAGCUAUUUUAAAAGCAUUGAAAAAAAAAAAGAUUAAUAAACCAACUCAAAUACAAAUGCAAGGGUUACCUUCUAUAUUAACAGGAAGAGAUAUUAUUGGUAUAGCAUUUACAGGAAGUGGAAAAACUAUUGUAUUUGUUCUACCAUUAAUUAUGAUAUGUUUAGAAGGAGAAAUGAGAUGCAAAAUUGAAGAAGGAGAGGGUCCAUUUGGUCUUAUUGUAUGUCCAUCAAGAGAAUUAGCUACACAAACACAUAAUGUUAUAAAAUAUUUUUGUGAUUAUUUACAUAAAGACAAUUAUCCCAUUUUAAAAUCUUUGUGCAUGAUUGGAGGUAUUAGUGCGUUUGAUCAAGGAAGAGAAACGCAAAAAGGAGUUCAUAUGAUAGUUGCUACCCCAGGUAGACUUAAUGAUAUGUUAAAUAAAAAAAGAAUGACUCUUGAACAGUGUAGAUAUUUAUGUUUUGAUGAAGCUGAUAGAUUAAUUGAUUUAGGUUUUGAAGAAGAAGUACGUAAUACCUUAGAUCAUUUUUCAAAUCAAAGACAAACAUUAUUAUUUAGUGCAACUAUGCCUAAAAAAAUUCAAGAAUUUGCUAAAUCUACUUUAGUUAAUCCUAUUAUAAUAAAUGUUGGAAGAGCAGGUGCAGCUAAUCUUGAUGUUAUACAAGAAGUAGAAUAUGUAAAAGAAGAAUUUAAAUUAUCUUACUUAUUAGAAGUUUUACAGAAAACAGGACCACCUGUUUUAAUAUUUUGUGAAAAUAAAAAAGAUGUAGAUGAUGUACACGAAUAUUUAUUGCUAAAAGGAGUAAAUGCAAUUGCCAUCCAUGGAAAUUUAAGUCAAAAUGAAAGACAAGAAGCAAUUAAUUUGUUUAGAGAAGGAAAAAAAGAUAUUUUAGUAGGAACAGAUGUAGCUUCUAAAGGAUUAGAUUUUCCUUCUAUUGAACAUGUAAUUAACUAUGAUAUGCCAAAAGAUAUUGAAAAUUAUGUCCAUAGAAUAGGAAGAACAGGACGAUGUGGUAAAACAGGAAUAGCUACAACUUUUAUAAACAAAAAUCAGGAGGAAGCUAUUUUGUUGGAUUUAAAAGCAUUGUUAAUUGAAGCAAAACAAAAAAUUCCUCCAUUUUUAGAAAUGUUAGAUAGCAAAGGAAUUAAUUUGAAAGAAAUAGGUGGUGUAAAGGGAUGUUCUUAUUGUGGUGGAUUGGGUCAUAGAAUAACACAGUGUUCUAAACUUGAAUCACAAAGAAACAAACAAACAUUAUCUAUGCAUAAGGAUAUUUUAUCAAAUAAUAAUAAGUAUAAUAAUAUUAAUGCAUAUACAGGUGAUUGGUAA